GUCGGCUCAGAGCCCGCCUCCCCUCCCAGCCCUGGUGCCUGCUUCGGGUGAUGGUGUGUCUCCCUCUUCCAAAGCCCCCUUCUCACCCAGCACUGGGAGCAGUGGCCCAGAGUCCUCGUCCUCAGCGGGAGUCCGCAAAAGGUCAUUGGUUUCUCUUCCAGAAGCUCUAGGCCAGCGGGCCUGCACCAUCUCCAUUCAGUGAGUUCCGGGGAGGAAGAUGCCAUCGGGGAAGCUCUGGAGCGUCCUGGGGCUCUGCCUCUUAUCCGUUGGCGCUUGGGGGCAAGAAGGUGACUCUCCAUCUCCUGCAAAGACAUUUAAAGUCUCCAUCUCCGGAACCAGCGUGGAAUUGACAUGUCCUGAGGACCCUGAUUCUGAUCAAAUAAAAUGGACAAAAGAUGGCGUAGAAAUAUCCAGUCAUAACGAGGAACAUCUGUUAAUAGACAAUUUCUCCGAAAUGAAAGACAGUGGCCAUUACAGCUGCUACAAAGAUGAUAGCAGUCGCCACUAUCUCUACCUGAAAGCAAGAGUGUGUGAGAACUGCAUGGAGGUGGACCUGAUGGCCGUGGCCGGCAUCAUCGUGGCCGACGUGUGCCUCACGCUGGGCGUGCUGCUGCUGGUGUACCGCUGGAGCAAGAGCAGGAAGGCCAGGGCCAAGCCGGUGGCCAGAGGCGGGGGCGGCGGCCGGCCCGGCGGACAAAACAAGGAGAGGCCGCCACCGGUGCCCAACCCGGACUAUGAGCCCAUCAGGAAAGGCCAGAGGGACCUGUACUCCGGACUGAACCAGAGAGGCGUCUGACCCUCCUGAGGACCCGCCUCCCGUGGCAGGCUCCUCCCUCUCCCGGCACCGGCACCGCUCCGCCCUGGACCCCAGGAGAUCCGUCCCCCUGCCCGGAGGGGAGCUUCCCUGCAGCCCGCC